AUGACGGUCGAAGAACAAAAGCCGUUUGUUAUGCGAGACGAUGAGAUGGGACGACUCGAUGGCCUUCAUACACUGUGUAUGAUGAUGGGCAACGAUCAACUCCAUUGGGCCCCACUAAGCGCUCCGCGGAGGGUUCUGGACCUCGGGUGCGGAAAAUGGAUGCAAGAUUUUGCACGUUUGAACCCAGAAACUAAGAUUACUGGACUAGACCUUGAGCCUUCCAUUUCAGGCCCAAACAUUGAGACAGUCAUCGGCGAUCUGGAGAAGCCUUGGCCAGUGCAGCCUGGUUUCGACUAUAUUCACACACGGUGGCUGAUUGGCUGUCUUUCUGAUUGGAAGAAGUUUUUCAAGCAAUGCUAUGACAAUCUUGACUCCGGUGGUUGGUUUGAGAUUCUUGACAUCGGCUUCCCCUGCCAGUCAGCGGACGGGACUCUCAAGGGUGACAGCCAUUUGGAGAAAUGGAACAACCUACUUAUCGAAGCUGCGAAUCUCUCUGGCCGCAGCCUGACUGCAGCAAAGGACUUUGGACGAAUCCUGGAAGAAGUGGGAUUUUCUAAUGUGUCAGUGGAGAGGAGUAGACUACCAAUGAAUCCGUGGGCAAAGAAUCCGAACGAGCGCGCUAUGGGAGAGAUUGCUUUGCCUAUUCACAAGGCGUGUUAUGAGCGGCUGGGACACGACUUUUUCUGUACGAAUCUGAAAAUGGCGCCAAAGGAUGUCGAUGCAGAUCUCCCGUUCGUGUGGAAAGAGAUGGAGGAUACUGAAAUUCACGCUUGGUGGCCCAUCUAUGUCGUUUACGGUCAGAAGCUGUGA